CUCUUGGUCCUGUCUUCCUCAGGUAUGAUGCUGACGCUGGAUGUGGUGGGGCCAGCGCCCUGGGGCUUCCGUAUCACAGGGGGCAGGGAUUUCCACACACCCAUCAUGGUGACCAAGGUAACCGAGCGGGGCAAGGCCGAAGCUGCUGACCUCCGACCUGGCGACAUUAUUGUGGCCAUUAAUGGGGAGAGUGCAGAGGGCAUGCUUCAUGCUGAGGCCCAGAGCAAGAUCCGCCAGAGCCCCUCACCCCUGCGGCUGCAGCUGGACCGGUCUCAGGCUGCCUCUCCAGGGCAGACCAAUGGGGAGAGCCCCUUGGAGUUGUUGGCUACUCGAUUCCAGGGCUCUGUGAGGACCCACACUGACAGCCAGUCCUCCUUCCGGUCCCCCUACUCCAGUCCGACCCCCCUCAGCUCCAGGCCUGACAGCCCCUUCUCUACCCCACCCCCCACCAGCCCUCAGGCACUUCCUGGAGAGACAGUGAUCAGCAAAAGUUUCCAGAGCCUGGCACACUCCCCAGGACUCGCUGCUCACCGCUUGUCCUGCGGGGGCCGCUCCGGAAGUCCACAGGGAAGCCGACAGGCUGGCCUCGGCCGCGCUGGCGAUUUGGCCGUUCUGGUGCUGCCACAUUCCCCAGGCCCCCAGUCCUCCAGCCCCAGUGUGGAUUCAGAAGGGAGAAGUCACCUUCUGGAAGAGGACUCCGAAGUCUUCAAGAUGCUGCAGGAAAAUCGUGAGGGGCGGGCGGCCCCCCGGCAGUCCAGCUCCUUUCGGCUAUUGCAGGAAGCCCUGGAGGCUGAAGAGAGAGGUGGCACACCUGCCUUCCUGCCCAGCUCGCUGAGCCCCCAGGCCUCCCUAUCCACUGGCAGGGCCCUGGCCACUCCUCCAAAGCUCCACACAUGUGAGAAGUGCAGCACCAGCAUCGCGAACCAAGCUGUGCGUAUCCAGGAGGGCCGGUACCGCCACCCUGGCUGCUACACCUGCGCAGACUGUGGGCUGAACCUGAAGAUGCGUGGGCACUUUUGGGUGGGGGAUGAGCUGUACUGUGAGAAGCACGCCCGCCAGCGCUACUCUGCACCCUCGACCCUUGGCUCCCAGGCCUGA